UAAUACUCGACUAAUAUUAAGUUGACGAAAUUUUUCUUCUUCGUUCUUCAUUUUUGUUUGUUUGUUUAUCGUCGAUUAUCGUUGAUUAUAUUAUCGUUGUUAUCCUUGGAAAUCGUAUUGUUUUUUUUGUUGUUGUUUGGUUGAGUUUUUAUUUUCAUUUUAAAAAAAAAAUUUUGUCAAUCAAAAAAAAAUUAUCAUUCAAUUCAAAAGAAAUUUAAAUUUAAAAAAAGAAAAUGGUUAAAGAAAAACAAAUUCGUACAUAUGAUCAGGAUGGUUUUCGUCGACGUGCAGCCUGUUUAUGUGUACAUGAUCCGGAUGAAAGUGAGAUUAUGCUUGUCACCAGUACACGUGCACCAGAAUAUUGGAUUGUACCGGGCGGUGGUGUUGAACCGAAUGAAGAUCCAACACAAGCUGCUAUUCGUGAAACUGUUGAAGAAGCUGGUGUUAAAGGUGUUGUAAAACGUUCAUUAGGUGACAUCGAGAAUCAAAAACGAAAACAUCGUACAUCAGUUUUUGUACUUGAAGUACAUGAAGAACUUGAAGAUUAUGAAGAUUCUAAAAGUAGAAAACGUCGUUGGUUUCCUGUACAAGAGGCAUUAAAAUUAUUGGCAAUAUAUAAACCGGUCCAAUGUACUUAUAUAAAAUUAAUGAUACAAACAUCAUCAUCACAAAAAUUACAUUGUUUAUUAUCAUCAAUAACGGAUCAAUCAUUAAUGACAAAAACAUUGAAUGGUCCUUCAUCAUCAUCAUCAUCAUCAACAUCGAUAAUGUUCAGGAAUAAUCAUAAUGAUUCAUCAAGAAAUAAUUAUGAUCAUUCAAUCAUUAUCAAUAAUCAUAAUGAUGAACAAACAAAACCAAUGAUCAUAUAUCGAAGCUCAACAAUUGAUUCAGAAUCAUCAACAACAUCGAUACCAUUUCAAUGUGAUGAUAAUUUUGAUGAUGAUAAACAAAGAAUAAUAACUCAAAAUCAAUGUGAUCUUACGACGACGACGACAACAACAACAACAACAACA